GUUGCUCAUUUUCAGGCUUCUUCCCUCUCUUCUUCUCUAUUUAAGCAAACCCAUUGCUUUACUCUUCUGUACGCUAAGCUGUGAUUCUGUGAACAGAGCAGAGUCCUAUCUCCUCUGUUCCUCCCCUGCCCAUCGAACGACACUUCUCAAGUCCCACUUCAGUAAUUGAAGGCCGAUCGAGAAGCUUUUUUUCGCUGAUAAAAUGAGAGUAGCAAUGUUGCUGCGUCUGAUCUUAGGAGUUUUGGCAUGUUUGAGUGUCUCUCUGGUGAAUGCAGAGGACCCGUACAAAUAUUAUACGUGGACUGUAACCUAUGGGACGAUUGCUCCUCUGGGCGUCCCUCAACAGGCUAUUCUUAUUAAUGGCCAAUUUCCUGGUCCUAUACUUGAUGUUGUAACCAACGACAACAUUAUCUUGAACCUCAUUAACAAGCUAGACCAGCCUUUUCUAUUGACAUGGAAUGGCAUUAAACAAAGGAAGAACUCUUGGCAAGAUGGAGUACUGGGAACCAAUUGCCCAAUCCCACCAAACUCAAACUACACAUACAAGUUCCAGGCAAAAGAUCAGAUUGGAACCUACACUUAUUUCCCAUCCACUCAGCUGCACAAAGCUGCUGGUGGGUAUGGAGGUCUGAAUGUCUAUGAGAGGCCCCAGAUACCAAUCCCAUUUCCUAACCCUGCUGGUGAUUUCACAUUACUUGUUGGUGAUUGGUACAAGACCAACCAUAAGACUUUACAGCACUAUUUGGACUUAGGGAGACCUCUUCCUUUCCCUGAUGGCCUUCUAAUAAAUGGCCAAGCUCAUGCUUCUUUUAGUGGUGAUCAAGGUAAAACCUACAUGUUCAGGAUCUCCAAUAUGGGCUUGUCAACCUCAAUCAACUUCAGGAUUCAGGGUCAUACAAUUAUGCUAGUUGAAGUCGAAGGGUCUCACACCAUUCAGAACAUCUAUGAUUCUCUUGAUGUACAUGUGGGCCAAUCUGUGGCUGUCCUAGUCACACUAAAUCAGGCUCCAAAAGACUAUUAUAUUGUUGCCUCCACACGAUUUACGAGAACUGUUCUCACAGCAACUGCAGUGUUACAUUAUACUAAUUCUCAAACCCCAGUUUCUGGUCCAGUGCCUCCUGGUCCUACUUACCAAAUUCACUGGUCAAUGCAGCAGGCCAGAACUUUCAGGUGGAACCUGACGGCAAGUGCAGCCAGACCAAACCCUCAAGGCUCAUAUCAUUAUGGGAAGAUAACAACAUCAAGGACAAUUUUCUUGGCUAACUCAGCUCCUCUGGUAAAUGGCAAGCAACGCUAUGCUAUUAAUAGGGUCUCCUACAUUAACUCAGAUACCCCACUCAAGCUUGCUGACUAUUUCAAUAUCCCUGGAGUCUUCAGUCUGAACUCCAUCCAAACAGCACCUGGUGGAGGUCCUGCAUACCUUGCUACCGCUGUGAUGCCAGCUUUUCUCCAUGAAUUUAUUGAAGUUGUCUUCCAAAACAAUGAAAAUACCAUCCAAUCUUGGCAUCUUGAUGGUUAUGAUUUCUGGGUUGUUGGCUAUGGUCGUGGGCAGUGGACACCAGCCAGCAGAAAACACUACAAUCUAGUUGAUGCGCUUACUAGACACACUGCUCAGGUGUAUCCAUAUUCAUGGACCACCAUAUUGAUCUCCUUGGAUAACCAAGGUAUGUGGAACUUGCGGUCUGCAAUAUGGGCAAGGCAGUAUUUGGGGCAGGAAUUCUAUCUAAGGGUCUGGAGCCCAGACAAAACCCCGGCCAAUGAAUAUGACAUUCCACCAAAUGCCCUCCUUUGUGGCAGAGCUAGGGGAUUGCAUGCUUAAGAUAAUUGACAAUUUACCCAAUUGCCUAUUUAUGUAACCUUUUCAUUUUCAGUCACAAGGGUAUGACUGCCAGAAAAAAAAAAUGCAGAGAAGAAAGGAAAGCAUCCAGAAUGUAACCCCAUCUCCUAAUGUCUUAUAGCAAAAGCAGUAAUAAUAAUUUGUUUAUUUUUA